AUGGAGUGCGGCAACUACCGGGGCAUCUCUCUCGUCGCACACGCCGGCAAAGUGCUGCUUGAGGUCGUCGCUAAACGACUGAGCCACUACUGCGAGCGAGAUGGCAUCCUCGCGGAGGAGCAGAGCGGUUUCCGCCCACAUCGGUCGACGCUCGACAUGCUGUUCGCCAUCCAGCGGCUCCAUGAGCUCGCGAGGAAGAAGAGUACUGCGGUGUUCGUGUGCUUCGUCGACCUCAUUAAGGCAUACGAUUCGGUGGACCGAGACCUACUGUGGGACGUGCUCCGACGCUUCGGCGUGCCCCCGAAGAUGCUGGCGGUCAUUCACCACUUCCACGACGGCAUGAGGGCGCGCGUCCGGAAAACGGGCAGUACC